GUUGCUAUGGGCCAUACUGUGAUUGAUUGCUAUGGGCUGUGCUGGGAUUGGUUGCUAUGGGCUGUGCUGGGAUUGGUUGCUAUGGGCUGUGCUGGAAUUGGUUGCUAUGAGCUGUGCUAUGAUUGGUUGAUGUGGCCUGUGCUGAAAUUGGUUGCUAUGGGCCAUACUGUGAUUGAUUGCUAUGGGCUGUGCUGGGAUUGGUUGCUGUGGUCUGUGCUGGACUUUGCUACCAUGGGCCGUACUGUGAUUGAUUGCUAUACACUAUGCUGUGAUUGGUUACUAUGGCCUGUGCUGUAAUUGGUUGCUGUAAACUGUUCUGUGAUUACGGUAGUUGAUAUGAGCUGUACUGCGAUUGGUUGCUAUGGACUGUGCUGGGAUUGGUUGCUAUAGGCUUUGCUGGGGUUGGUUGCCAUAGGCUGUGCUGUGAUUGGUUGCUAUGAGCUGUGCUGCGAUUGGUCCCUAUGGGUUGUGCUGGGAUUGGUUGCUAUGGGCUGUUCUGUGAUUGGUUGCUAUAAGCUGUGCUGUGAUUGUUUGCUAUAGGUUGUGCUGUGAUUGGUUGCUGUAGGCUGUGCUGUGAUUGGUUGCUAUAAACUGUGCUAUGGUUGGUUGCUAUGGGUUGUGUUGUGAUUGGUUGCUAUGGGUUGUGGGGGGAUUGCCUGCUAUAGGUUGUGCUAUGAUUGGUUGCUAUGAUUUUAGAUGGUAUUGGUUGUUAUACGUUGUGCUUUCAUAGGUUGCUAUCAGCUGUGAUGUGAUUGGUUGCUAUGGGUGGUGCAGGGAUUGGUUGCUAUGGGCUGGGAUUGGUUGCUAUGGGCAACUAAACCAAUUUUGCUUGAAUGUCAGCUGCCAUUCACCACUGAGUUUUCAUCUGGACAAGAUCUGAAGAUCACUAAUGUUACAAGCCCAUCCUCUGCUCAACUCCUGGUCUCAUGGACCUCCAGCUCUACCUUGGUGUCCUUCUUUAUGCUCGAUCUACGUGUGGUGAACAAUGCAACCAUCGCUCCCAUCACCGCCAUCACCAGCGUUUCUACCCGGUCCAGGUUAAUCCAGGGUCUACGAACAGGGACGUUUUAUAAUAUAACACUAAGAAGCUAUCAAGCUAAUGGAGCUGUGCUCGCAAUAAGCUGGGUGCAGUCACAGACAGUACCUGCAACUCCACAGAUCGCAACGUCAAACGGCAUCUCCAGCUCUGAAAUCACGGUUGGAUGGUCAUCUCAAGGCGGGGUAGAUUACUACUUUCUGAUGGUGUCACUCGGCACGGACGUUAUUAAUCGGACUUUCACUACCUUGAACUGCAGCAUCUCUGGCCUCCAGCCGUCAUCCCUCUACAGCCUCACAUUAUACGCUGUCAAUUCGGCUGGAGCUAGUGCGCCAAGCAGGCGGAUCACCGUUCUCACCUUAACUCCACCACCCAUGAAUGUCACAGUGACUUCACUUUCAAGUUACUCCGUCACCUUAUCUUGGUUAGUGGUUGACAAGGCGCUAAUGUAUGGGAUUUUUAUAUAUGAAGAUGGACCAACCCCUACACUGACCUUUAUCAGGAAAACCACUUCCACCACCAUCUUACUGGAUAAUCUCCUUCCAUGCACUAGAUAUAUUUUUGGCCUAACAUCUUAUAACUGGUUUUACACAGCUGGGGAAGAAAAUCGGGUAUCGCAACAAACUGGACAGCUGGAUUCCCCUCAGAGUGUCACCAUUCAGUACGACAGUAAUAUGGGGACGGCAUUACUCUCCUGGAAGUCGAGUAUUGGAGCCACUUUAUACCAGACUUCUGCAAUAUCAAACAACGGGCAAGUGAUGCUGUAUCCUUCGACCUCUAACAGUUAUAAUAUACAGAACCUUCUGUGUGAACAGACAUAUACGGUGACCGUCACAGCUCUCAUCAAUGGAUGCAGCAGUAAUAACAGUGACCCAUUGACUCUACAAACAGCCCCUUGUGCUCCGCAGAACGUAACAGUAGUCCGUCAGUGCCAGAUAAAUACCGUCAGCCUUUCCUGGAACCCUGUAGUGAACGCCACUAAAUACACUGCGAAUGCCUUUGCCCCAGAUGGCACUAAAGAAGAAUGUGUGAACUGGGACACCUACUGCUUCUUCAUCAACCUGCAGUGCGGGACCGAGUAUGAGAUGAGUGUAUUUGCUGUCAGUGACAAAGUCAAUGGUUCCAGGAGCCCAGGAAUUAAAAUAAGGACAGCCCCCUGUGACCCUCAUGAUGUUGAGGCCAUUGUUCAGUGCACAGACAAUACAUUGGUGGUGUCAUGGAGACCAUCGGUCGGGGCCACGUACUACACAGCAUCAGCAUUAGGAAGCAGCGACGUUUCCUACAACUGUUCCUCAGUUAAUACCAGCUGUCGGAUCAGAGGGCUGCGGUGUGGAGAAAGCGUGUCGGUGUCUGUGAUCGCCUAUGACGAUGAGUGUGCCAGUAUGAGCAGCUCUACAGAGACAAUAGUAACAGUUCCAUGUGCACCCAUAACCGUUUCAGCCACAACGGAUUGUAAUACCCAUUCUACGCUCGUCCAAUGGGACUACAGUGAAGGGGCAGUCCGGUACAUCGCACAAGCAAAAGCAAGCGAUGGCUCAGAAUAUUCCUGUGAAUCCUAUAAUCUACACUGCCAUUUUAAUGAACUACCCUGCAGUCAAACCUACACGGUCUAUGUCACUGCCGACAACUACCAGUGCAUGAGCCCCUACAGUCCACCGGUGGAGGUCAAGUCAGUCCCCUGCACUCCACAGAUUGUCAGCACCGAAUUAUUCUGCAGUCAAAACACGGUACUCGUCACGUGGACUGAGGACACUGGAAAUAUAACAUUUGAAGCCACUGCAUGGAGUGAUUUUGGACAUUACCACUGUAGGACCCAGGAAAGUCAUUGUGAAAUCAGCAAUGUAAGCUGUGGAGAGAUGUUCUCUGUUUUGGUUCAUGCCAAUAACAGUCAGUGCAUCUCUUCCUCCAAUCAGAGCGCUCCAUUUUAUUCAGCUCCUUGCAAACCAACCGAUGUGUCUGCUGUAAGUAUCUGCGCUAAUGGCAGCACCCAGAUAUCCUGGACAAAUAGUUCCGGAAUAGGUGUAGAGACCUACGUGGGCCAGAUGCAGAGCAGUGACGGUGCGGCUCCGCUCAUGUGUCAAUCGACAACAGGAACCUGUGUGAUUGAGGGCACUAAGUGCGGAGAAGUGUACAAAGCAACAGUCACGGCCGUGGGUACCAGAUGCCAGACCGUGUCCAAUGCAUCUUCAGUGAUACCAGUACCCUGCACCCCCACGAACUUUCCACCUCUGGUUGGUGCUGAAGUUGUGCACGUACUCUGGUCAGACUCGACUGGAGCUGUCAACUACACCAGCGUCAUCACGGGAAACAAUGGAGACAACCAUGAAUGCCUCACAUCGAACACAAGCUGCUCAGUGACGGAUCUCAUGUGCGGCUCCCAGUAUAGAAUGACUGUCACAGCCAAUGGCCAGUACUGCAGCAGUAACAGUAGUUACCCCCAAAGCUUUAAUACAGCACCAUGUAGUCCACAGGUAGUGACUGCUGAAGUGGAUUGUACGAAUCAUAUUGCAACCGUGUCAUGGGACGAGAGCCUGGGAGCAGAAAAUUAUACCGCUUUGGCCGUUGCUUCUGAUGGGGAAAAUGUUACUUGCCGUUCCACUACAACAUCCUGUGACAUUGCGGGGUUAAUGUGUAGCCAGAUAUAUGUAAUAACUGUCUCAGCAGCUAACAAGUACAGCAACAGUAAAGCGAGCCUGCCAGUAGAACUGCUAAUUGCACCUUGCACCCCCACUAGUAUGAGACCCCUGGUUAGUGCUGAAGUUGUGGAUGUAUCCUGGCUGGGCUCAAAUGGCGCAAUGAAUUACACGACCGUCAUUACAGGAGACAGUGGUGACAAAUAUGAAUGUCACACUACCAACACAAGCUGCUCGGUGACAGAACUGAUGUGCGGCUCCCAAUAUAGUAUGACUGUGACAGCGAAUGGCCGAUACUGCAGCAGUAACCGUAGUGACACACAAGCCUUCCAAACGGCCCCUUGUACUCCACAAAAUGUGACUGCAAACUUGGAUUGUGUGACCAAUGCUGCGACUAUUGCAUGGAGUCCGAGCCCUGGAGCCGAAAAUUACACUGCUUCAGCAAUGAUACCAGAUGGGGGAAAUUAUGUUUGCCAUUCCACCACGACACACUGUGACAUUGCGGGGUUAACUUGUGGACAGAAAUACCAAAUAACUGUCUCUGCCGCCAAUAAUUACGGCAGCAGUAAAGCAAGCCUGCCCAUCGAGCUGCUCACUGCUCCCUGUGUCCCAUUACAGGAGACACCCCAGCUUAUCUGCGCCAACAAUUCAGUGUCACUGUCUUGGAGUCCGACUUCCGGUGCCAUCAGCUACAUUGCCAAUGUGUCCAGUCCCGGAGAUGAGUUGUCCUGUCAUACAACAGACACAAACUGCAUCAUCCAUCAGCUGAAAUGCGGACAGACCUACAAUGCGACAGUGACGGCGAUCAACCAACAAUGCAAGGGUCCGGCUGCCCUCCCGGCUAAAAUCCCAACCGCUCCUUGUCAGCCUCGUAAUGUAGUUACAGAUAUAAAUUGCUCCAGUUCAAUGGUCAAGCUGAACUGGGAAGAGUCUCUGGGAGCUCAGAGUUAUUAUUCAAUGCUGAGGACACCAGAUAACCAGUAUCUUAUAUGUAACAGUACCGAGCUUGGUUGUGAUAUCCCUGGUCUACCAUGUGGACAGGCCUAUGACGUGACAGUGACGGCAGUCAAUGAUCGGUGUGAGAGUCAACCCAGCUCUCCAUCCGCAUUGUAUACAGUCCCAUGUGUUCCAAGUCUAGUUCGAGCAGAUAUACAUUGUGAGUCCAACGUGGUAACUGUAUCAUGGGCGCAGACGGCAGGGGCGGUGAAUUAUACUACAGUCGCUGCCGGACCCCAGGGAGAGCAGCUCUACUGCCAAUCCAGCAACACCUCCUGCAGCUACACACAACUUUCCUGUGGCCUAAAAUUCGACGUCUCAGUUGUUGCAGUGGGAAAUAGCUGUAGCAGUGGUUUCAGUGGAGCGGUUCCUUUUUAUACAGCUCCCUGUGCAGUAAGAAAUAUUCACGCUCAGUACCAAUGUGGCAGCGACUAUGCGGAUGUCACCUGGGAGGCCGCCCCAGGAGGAGUCACAUACACCGCUAUGCUCAUCAGUGAGGACGGAUGGAGAAGUAUAUGCAACAGCUCAGUCUCCAGUUGUGUUGUUUAUUACUUAAAAUGCGGCCAGAAAUACACGGUGUCCGUGGAGACAUUUGGGCCAAGUUGUAGCAGUACAGUCAACGCCACAGAGUUUGUCUUUACAGCACCCUGUAAGCCCCAGAAUGUCACCGCAGACAUUGACUGCCAGACCAACCAUGCUGCUUUGUCCUGGAGCAGGACACCUGGGGCAACCAACUACACCGCAUCCAUUAUAGGACCAGAAGUAGAUGGUCCUACCUGUAAUACAACAUCCACCUCCUGUAAUAUUGAUCACUUAACCUGUGGACUCACAUAUGACUUCAUUGUCACAGCAUCCAACGCACAAUGUGAAGGUGAAAGCAGCGUCGUCACACAACUUGUCACAGCUCCUUGUGCCCCGGAUGACAUUGUGACAGAAAUGGAUUGUGACACUGGAUCAUUGGUUCUGUCAUGGAAUCUGAUGGCUGAUAUUGAAAAUUUCACUUCUAACCUGAUGGGACCUGAUGGUGUCAACAGAACAUGCAAAUCUAUGGGAGCGAAUUGUAGCUUCCCUGGCCUGCCCUGUGGAGGAGAAUACACUGCGGCCGUGUAUGGCACCAACAAAUACUGUGAUGGGCCAACGAGUACAAAUGUCCAGAUCCAAUCCGCCCCCUGUGCACCCGAGAACAUACACCCUUCCCUAAACUGUACAGAUAACUCAGUUCUGGUGUCUUGGGGUCCUUCAUCUGGAGCCUUUAACUAUACUAUGUCAAUGGCCGACUCCUAUGGAUACAGAUCCUACUGCGGCACUGAGGACAUAAUGUGCCAGGUUCCGGAUUUGCAAUGCGGGGAAGUCUACACUGUCGCAGUCACUGCAUGGAAUCAGGUUUGCAGCAGUAAGGAAAGCAGCGUCACCGAGCUUCUAACAGCCCCUUGUUCUCCGGUGAAUUUACAAGUCAAUAUUACUUCUGGUUUGGUUGUCCUGACCUGGGGUGAAGCGCAUGGUGCUGUGAAUUACACCGCGGAGGUAACAGGCACUGACGGAGAGGUAUACACGUGUCAUACGUCCAACACGUCAUGUGAAACGGAAGACCUCAAGUGUGGCCAUCAGUACUCUAUGUCCGCAACAGCUAUUGGACCCCGGUGCAGUAAAGUCAGCGAGAAUCACGUAUUCCAAACAGCUCCUUGCUGUCCUGAGAAUGUAUUAACAGAGCUGGAUUGCACAACUAAUUUAGUAACAGUCUCAUGGAACAUAAGUUCAGGUGCUGACUGGUACUAUUCUGAAGCUGUUGGAUCAAAUGGCACCAAAGCCAUCUGUAACUCCACAACUACAUCCUGUGACUUCAUUGACUUGACAUGUGGAACACUGUACCUGGUUACUGUAACAGCAAACAAUGAAGCAAGCAGUAGUGAGACGAGUUUUCCUAUUGAAAUCACAACUGCUCCCUGUGUCCCGGUACAGGAAAUACCCCAACCCAACUGCUAUAAUGCUUCUGCUUUUCUGGCUUGGAGUAACACGUCUGGUGCCAUCAGUUAUGUUGCCAAUAUGACUGGUCCAGAAGGAGACAUAUAUUCCUGUGAAACAGAAGACACCACAUGCACCAUCAGUGGGUUAACGUGUGGUCAGCCGUACAUUGUGACAAUUACCGCCAUUAAUGAACAAUGCAGCAGUCCGGCGUCUGACCCGGUUACACUUACAACUGGUCCGUGUGAACCUCAGAAUGUGGUCUCCAACAUCAGUUGUUCUAAUUCUUCAACUCUUCUGACCUGGGAUGAAGCCCCCGGAGCGCUGACUUAUGUGUCCAGGUUGACAUCACUUGAUGGAGAUAAUUUUGGGUGUAAUAGUACGGACGGCUUCUGUGAAAUCCCUGGCUUGGAGUGCGGACAGAGCUACCAUGUGACGGUGACAGCAUUCAGCAGUGAAUGUCAGAGUGCACCCAGCGUGCCAGUUGUACAUUACACAGAGCCUUGUGUGCCAACUAAUCUACAAGCUGAGGUUGAUUAUGACUCGCAUUGGGCAUCCGUGUCUUGGACUACUGUAUUUGGAGCUGAAGAUUAUACCGCAGUGGUCACCGGCCCUCAGAUGGAGCGGUAUUACUGUAAUUCAAUCCACUCCUCUUGUAACUUUACACAGCUAUCAUGUGGUCUGGAAUAUGAAGCAACUAUUCUUGCAAACGGAAAGAUAUGCAGCAGUACAGUGAGCCCGGCCAUUACAUUUUACACAGCUCCAUGUUUGGCGGAUAAUAUAGAAUUACAUUAUGAGUGCGGUGCGGAAUAUGCAGUGGUGGCCUGGGAUGCAGCCCUCGGUGCGAUGAACUACACGGCCUCUAUCAGCACGCAGCACGGCCAUGUGGUUACCUGUAGCACUGCAGGCACAAACUGUACUGUUAGCGAUAUGCAGUGCGGACAGGUCUAUUCCGUGAUCGUGGACUCCUUUGGGAUGCAAAGCAGCAGCAGAUCUGUCUCUCCAGGACUGACUCAAACAGGACCCUGUGUGCCUCAGAAUGUCUCUGUUUAUAUUGACUGUCAGACUAACAGUGUCGCUGUAUCAUGGGCCAGCUCUCCAGGGUCUACAAAUUAUACCGCACUGAUAACUACAUCGGACGGCGACAUCCAUACCUGUCAUACCACAUCUACUGCCUGUAACAUCACUGGGCUGAACUGUGGCGCCACCUAUACCCUGACUGUAACAGCCUGUAAUGACCGGUGUCUGGGUGAAAGCAGCGCUGAGGUGGAAGUGAUCACAGCCCCCUGUGCACCAGAACAUGUCCAUGCAGAGACGGACUGUGCCACCAAUGCUAUUGUCCUUUUCUGGAUGCAGAAUAAUGGAACCUACAACUUCACCUCCAUUCUAAGGACACCAACCGGGAACAUGACCUGUAUAUCCGACCAGAUGAACUGCACCUUCUAUAACCUGCCGUGUGGACAUGAGUUCAUGGUGUCUGUGUGGGCCGCCAACAGCCUCUGUAGAGGACCGAUGAGCACAUCUGCAAAGGCCCAGACGGCCCCUUGUAUUCCAAUGAGUGUGAACACAGCCCUGGACUGCAUUAGUAACUCAGCGCUGAUUUCCUGGAGCGAAUCUCAAGGAGCCUUAAAUUAUUCAUCCUCAUUGGUCGGACCUGAAGGAGAAAGGUACAACUGCAGCAGUCAGGAGACGUCGUGCUGGGUGACAGACGUCCCCUGUGGGGGUGAAUAUACCGUAGCAAUGAUGGCUCAGAACGACAUCUGUCGCAGUGUAAAAAACAGCGACGCCACGCUGCAAACGUGUCCUUGUGUCCCACAAAAUAUGUCGAUAUUUUCUCCCUGCAACUCGAGUGAGGUCAAGGUGCAGUGGGUGGCAUCCGCAGGGGCUGUGCGCUAUGAGGCCAAUGUAAUAUCACCUAAUGGAACACAUUAUAUGUGCAACACGACUAACACCACCUGCGACAUUGGGGGACUUCAGUGUGGACAGACGUAUAAUGUUACCGUCACCGUAUUCAAUGACCAUCUGGCUAACGUCAGCCUAGAGCAGCAGACAUUUAGCACGAGUCCUUGCAUUCCUACUAACCUGCGGGCUGAGCUUCUUUGUGGCAACACUUCUGCAACUUUACUGUGGGAUCCUGCACAAGGAGCCGCAACGUAUUCUGUGCUGGUGACCGGGUCAGAUGCCUGGAGGGGGACCUGCAGCUCGAGCAACACAACCUGCGAGAUCAGCGACCUCCAGUGUGGACAGGGGUACAGAGUGACCCUCAUAGCAUCAAAUGCACAUUGCAGCAGCGCACCCAGCACCUUGGAUUUUUACACAGCCCCCUGUGUUCCACAAAACAUUAAGCCAACAGUUAUGUGCGAGUCAAACACAACAAAAGUGUCGUGGGAUCAGACGGCAGGAGCCACAAACUAUACUGCGACAGUCACAGGAGGCGAUGGAGAAACACAUUCCUGCACCACAAUAGACACAACAUGUGACAUUGAGAGUCUGAACUGUGGGCAAACCUACCAAGUUAUUGUCACUUCACACGGGGAACAAUGUCAAACCGAGAGUACAGCGGUGGAAUUCCAUACAGGUCCCUGCGCACCUCAACACCUGGACACGGAUCCUGCAUGCGCUUCAGACUAUAUUACACUAUUGUGGAGCGCCGCCUCAGGAGCCGACUAUUACACCGGAACGUUAACUGAUCUAAGCGGGAAGACCCUGACAUGUAACACUACAGAUCUGAGAUGUGACAUUAGCGGCAUUGAGUGCGGUAGCCCGUAUACUGUGACCUCUGCAGCACAUAAUGACCAGUGUCACAGGGGCAACAAUCCCGCUGUCACCAUUGUAACAGCUCCCUGUGUUCCUACCAAUCUGGUGACAUCUGUGACCUGUGAGAAUCCCUCUGUAUCUCUAUCAUGGGAUGUGGCUCCUGGGGCAACGACAUACACCGUCACUGCUCGUGUAGGAGAGAACGAGACGUCCAUUACAACCACAAACACGUAUUGUGAGUUUGACCACCUCUUAUGUGACAUGGAGUAUGACGUCAUCCUGACCAGCAGAUCUGCACACUGCAUCAGCAACGGGAAUAAUUCUGUCCAGAUUAAGACAAUUCCUUGCCCUCCCCGGGUAUUAGAGGCCUAUGCAUCGUGUGAUAAUAAUUUGGGUUUUAUACAAUGGGAGAUUAGCCCCAAUGCCAAGUCCUAUAGGGUUGUAGUGGAAGGAGUUACUACCUGGGCUUCAAACACAACUAACACUGCGUAUGAGACCCCUGAACUAGAAUGUGGACAGAAUUACACAGUGACGGUCUGGACUGAGGAUGGAACAUGCACAGGGCCCAAUAGUACAACAACUACAUUUAAAACAGUGCCAUGUGUUCCGCAGAAUAUCAACACUACAGUAACGUGCCAGGAAAAUGCCCUCAAUGUGUUUUGGGACAUGAGUCAUGGAGCUUCUAGCUAUUCCGCUACAGCUGUGGGCGCACAGGGUGAUGUUGUCACCGCGGAUGUAUCAGACAACUACUGCCUGCUGUCCCCCCUGCAGUGUGGAGAGGUCUACAGCUUGACUAUUCUGGCCUCGAAUGAUGAAUGUAAGAGCGCAGAGAGCGCGACCAGGGAAGUCAAAUCUGUCCCAUGUAGCCCCAUGCACCUUACUGUGACACCAGAUUGCGGAAUAAAUGGAGCAUCAGCCCAAUGGGAGCCAAGCGCUGGGGCAGUGUCAUAUAUUGCAGUAUUUCUUGGGCCCGAUGGAAGUGAAGUUUCCUGUGAGUCCUCGACCCCAUCGUGUUCUGUGUCUGAAUUACAGUGCGGACAGCAUUACAAUGUCACCGUCACAGCAUUCGAUGGCAGCUGCCACAGCAUAACAACAAAUGCCACAACUGUUACAACAGCACCGUGCACGCCCGCCGACAUAGAAACCAACAUAGACUGCUCCUCACCGGACCUUGUGAAUGUUACCUGGUCUCCUAGCAGAGGAGCACAAUCCUACGUGGUCGUUGCCAAAGGGAACAAUGGCCACACGCUGUCGUGUAAUACAACUACCAGUAUGUGUGUUAUCCAAGGAGCGCGCUGUGGAUAUACUUAUUCGGUAUCGGUUACAGCCUGGAAUAUAUACUGCAGCAGUAACGCCUCCACCGAAGUUACUACUGAAACAGUUCCAUGCACUCCGAAUAUAAAGGAGGUGACCAUCGACUGUUUGACCUAUGAAGCCCUGUUGUCCUGGAAUGAAAACAACACUUACGCAGGCUAUGAUACAGCAGUCGCCAUUGACCCCUCUGGGAACGAGCUCAUCUGUGGUGGCUUUUCUACCUCUUGUCUAAUCUCAGACCUGGAGUGUGGACUGGAGUACAGCUUUCAUGUGUAUUCUUCCACCCGGAGAUGCAGGUCACUGAACAGCGCAGUGUACAAAUCCAUGACAGCUCCAUGUCAGCCCAGAAAUAUCACAACAAACGUGCAAUGUGAAAACAACGAUGCUUUGAUAUCAUGGACAGAGAGCAGAGGCGCCAUAUACUAUUUGGCCACACUGUCUGGAAAUGGGACAAUCUCUAGUUGCAAUACUACUACUACAAACUGCUCGUACCUGAGUUUGCAAUGUGGACAAACCUACAAUGUGUCAGUAAUGGCUGUAAAUGACAAGUGUGACAGUGUACUUUCCCCUUUGAGCACGUUCGAAACAGCUCCAUGCCAGCCGCAAGGUUUGAUCACCGAUCUUGACUGCAGUAGCCAAAUUGCAUCCAUGUCCUGGGAAGUGAGCGAUGGAGCCCAAGGUUAUACCGUAUUCAUUGAAGACACGGAUGGGGCGGUAUCUCCAUAUACACCUAGUACCUUCUUUCGCUCAGAUGUACUAGCCUGUGGCCGGACUUACAUGUUUUCUGUGGUGGCUAUCGGGGGAACGUGUAACAGCUCAAGGAGUCUUACCAUGCGUGAAUACUCAGCUCCUUGUGCUCCACUCAAUGUCACAUACAUAAGAAAUUGCCCGACUUCGAUGGCUUCUGUUACAUGGUCAGCAAGUGAAGGAGCUGUCAUGUAUUCUGUAAUGGCCACCGCGGCUGGGGGAUUGGAGACGUCCUGUAAUAGCACCGACACCAGCUGCUGGCUCAUGGGCUUAGACUGUGGAUUGUCAUAUAAUGUAAAAGUGGAAGCUGUAGGGCAGAUGUGCGCCAGUAACACCAGCUCUUUAGUGGUUCUGAACACAGCCCCUUGUCUACCACAGAAUGCAGCAGUAAAGGUUAACUGUGCAAACAACUCGGCCGUGUUAUCCUGGGAGGAAAGCAGAGGGGCCGUGGACUAUGUUGCCACAGUGAAGCAUGAUGAGGACUUGGUACACUCCUGUGACACUGAAGGAACAAGCUGUAUGGUCCCAGAUCUAACUUGUGGAGCUUCUUAUUCCUUCUCUGUGGUGGCUAAAGACGUGGAAUGCAACAGUUCACAUACUACACCCAUUGGUUUUGGUGCAGUUCCUUGUCCUCCAAGUGAAGUAGAGUCGUCCAUUUACCGUGGGAGCGUGAAACCGCAGGAGGUGGAGGUAGCUUGGAACGAGAGUCACUGCGGCUCCGAUUACAUGGCCACAAUUCAAGGACAAAUAGGAUAUGAUCCCGAAUCUGCAUUUGUUCUGAACUCGUACUGGACAUCAUACAUGGACUUUUACAUCCCUGUGCCGUGCAGUUCAGUUUAUAAUGUUACAGUAACUGCUCGGAACGCAGCAGGACCCAGUUAUCCAACCGAUCCCAUAAUAGGCUACACAGCUCCUUGCACUCCCCAAAUAAAACCACUUGAAGUAACAGAAGGAAGAAUGUUGAUUUCUUGGGAGCCGAUCCCGUAUGCAGAUGAGUACCGAGUGCUGAUGGCGGAUAACACGACCAUCGUCUGCACAACGCCAGGACUUUCCUGUCAGGUCAACCUCUCAUACAACGCAUUUCAGGUCAUCGCUGUCAAUGCAGCAGGACAAAGCCCUCCGGCGUACCUCUCAGGUUACGGUGGAACGAUGCGUUAAUAAUUCGCCAGUCGUCUUCCGGUGGAAUCUUUUCUUUAUUGCUGCUAUGAAGAAAAUCAAUAAACUAUUGUAACAUCGGGACUACUUUUAAAUUAGAAUUGUUUUUAUUAAAGUUUAAUCUAAUAUUGUAUAAAAAAAACAAAAACAUUUCAAUAAAUUUUUCAU